AAGAAGGGGCUCGAACCCUACCUGAAGAGAUCAAAACUCUUAGUGCUUCCACUACACCACUUCCUAGUAAAGUCAGCUAAAUAAGCUUUUGGGCCCAUACCCCAAACAUGUUGGUUAAACUCCUUCCUUCACUAAUGAACCCUUACAUCUUAGCCAUUCUUCUUUUCAGCUUAGGCCUUGGCACCACUAUUACAUUUGCUAGCUCCCACUGACUUCUCGCCUGAAUAGGACUUGAAAUAAAUACACUAGCCAUUAUACCCCUAAUAGCCCAACACCACCACCCCCGCGCAAUCGAAGCUACAACUAAAUAUUUUUUAACUCAGGCUGCUGCUGCAGCCACCCUCCUAUUUGCAAGCGUCACUAACGCUUGACUAACAGGCCAAUGAGAAAUUCAACAAAUUACGCACCCCCUCCCGAGCACUAUAAUUACCCUUGCUCUGGCCCUAAAAGUUGGCCUAGCCCCUCUUCAUGCUUGACUCCCCGAAGUUUUGCAGGGCCUGGAUCUCACCACAGGCUUGAUCCUUUCAACCUGACAAAAACUUGCCCCCUUUGCCCUAAUUCUUCAGAUCCAACCCUCAAACUCAACACUCCUUAUUAUUUUAGGCCUUACUUCCGCCCUUGUUGGUGGCUGAGGUGGAUUAAACCAAACACAGCUCCGUAAAAUUCUUGCAUACUCAUCAAUCGCUCAUCUAGGCUGAAUAAUCCUUGUUCUACAAUUUUCCCCUUCCCUUACACUCCUCACCCUUCUAAUCUACUUCGUUAUAACAUUCUCAACAUUCCUCGUAUUUAAACUCAAUAAAGCUACGAACAUUAAUACCCUUGCUAUAUCCUGAACAAAAGCCCCUACCCUGACAGCUCUUGCACCCCUCAUUCUCCUCUCACUGGGGGGCCUCCCCCCUCUUACGGGCUUUAUACCAAAGUGACUUAUCCUCCAAGAACUAACUAAACAAGGGCUCGCCCCCACCGCAACCCUCGCAGCCCUUUCAGCCCUUCUUAGCCUAUACUUUUAUCUCCGCCUCUCUUACGCAAUAUCCCUUACUAUUUCCCCUAAUAACCUCACAGGCACAACCCCCUGACGUUUUUCUUCCACUCAACUAACGUACCCCCUCGCCACUUCAACUGCAAUAACAAUUUGCCUCCUCCCUCUCACCCCUGCCAUCUCGGCCUUAUUAAACCCCUAAGGGGCUUAGGAUAGCACCCAGACCAAGGGCCUUCAAAGCCCUAAGCGGGAGUGAAAAUCUCCCAGCCCCUGCUAAAACUUGCGGGAUACUAACCCACAUCUUCUGUAUGCAAAACAGACACUUUAAUUAAGCUAAAGCUUUACUAGACAGGAAGGCCUCGAUCCUACAAACUCUUAGUUAACAGCUAAGCGCUUAAACCAACAAGCAUCUGUCUAACCUUUCCCCCGCCCGCCUCUAAAAGGGCGGGGGAAAGCCCCGGCAGGGUCUAACCUACUACUUCGGAUUUGCAAUCCGACAUGUAUAACACCUCAAGGCUUGAUAAGAAGAGGACUUGAACCUCUGUGCAUGGGACUACAAUCCACCGCUUGACGCUCAGCCAUCCUACCUGUGGCAAUCACACGUUGAUUCUUCUCAACUAAUCACAAAGACAUCGGCACCCUUUAUCUAGUAUUUGGUGCUUGGGCCGGAAUAGUAGGAACCGCACUUAGCCUCCUAAUUCGGGCAGAAUUAAGCCAGCCCGGCGCUCUCCUCGGAGACGACCAGAUUUAUAAUGUAAUUGUUACAGCACAUGCUUUUGUAAUAAUUUUCUUUAUAGUAAUGCCAAUUAUGAUUGGAGGCUUUGGGAACUGACUAGUACCCCUUAUGAUUGGUGCACCAGACAUAGCCUUUCCUCGAAUAAAUAACAUGAGCUUCUGACUCCUUCCCCCCUCAUUUCUACUUCUCCUCGCCUCCUCUGGAGUUGAAGCAGGGGCCGGUACAGGUUGAACUGUAUACCCUCCCCUUUCAGGCAAUCUUGCCCACGCAGGACCUUCUGUUGACUUAACUAUCUUCUCCCUUCACCUAGCCGGGGUGUCCUCUAUUCUUGGUGCAAUUAAUUUUAUUACAACAAUUAUUAAUAUGAAACCCCCUGCCAUUUCUCAGUAUCAAACACCUCUCUUUGUGUGGUCUGUCCUAAUUACUGCCGUAUUGCUUCUACUAUCCCUUCCCGUCCUUGCCGCCGGCAUCACAAUACUUCUUACAGACCGAAACCUCAACACAACCUUCUUUGACCCUGCCGGAGGCGGAGACCCCAUCCUUUAUCAACAUCUGUUCUGAUUCUUUGGUCACCCAGAAGUUUAUAUUCUAAUUCUUCCCGGAUUUGGUAUAAUCUCACAUAUUGUUGCGUAUUAUGCAGGCAAAAAAGAACCCUUCGGAUAUAUGGGCAUGGUCUGAGCCAUAAUGGCCAUCGGCCUCCUAGGGUUCAUUGUGUGAGCCCACCACAUAUUUACCGUAGGAAUGGACGUAGACACACGAGCCUACUUUACUUCCGCCACAAUAAUUAUUGCUAUCCCAACCGGAGUAAAAGUCUUCAGCUGACUAGCCACUCUGCACGGCGGUUCAAUUAAAUGAGAAACCCCCCUCUUAUGAGCACUAGGCUUCAUUUUCCUGUUUACGGUAGGGGGCCUGACCGGAAUCGUCCUAGCCAACUCAUCCCUAGACAUUAUGCUUCACGACACAUACUAUGUUGUUGCCCAUUUCCACUAUGUCCUCUCAAUAGGAGCCGUAUUCGCCAUCGUUGCUGGCUUCGUCCACUGAUUCCCCCUAUUCUCAGGGUACACACUGCACGACACCUGAACUAAAAUUCACUUUGGGGUUAUAUUUGCUGGUGUCAACCUUACUUUCUUCCCACAACACUUCCUGGGCCUAGCUGGCAUGCCUCGCCGAUACUCCGACUACCCCGACGCCUACGCUCUUUGAAACUCGGUCUCUUCAAUUGGCUCAAUAAUCUCCCUAAUUGCAGUAAUUAUGUUUCUGUUUAUUAUUUGAGAAGCAUUCGCCGCUAAACGGGAAGUAUUGUCAGUGGAACUCACAGCAACAAACGUAGAAUGACUUCACGGCUGCCCUCCUCCUUACCACACCUUCGAAGAGCCGGCCUUUGUUCAAGUUCAGCAGGCUUGAUUAGACUACAAAAAACCUGCUGCCACCCCCUCAAACCCUCACUAACGAGAAAGGGAGGAAUUGAACCCCCAUAAACUGGUUUCAAGCCAGUCACAUAACCACUCUGUCACUUUCUUCAUAA